AGGACAAUCUGUGAACACAGUUCGAGGAGUUAACAGUUAAAGUUAUGAAGUUUCUACUUUUGGUGCUACCGUGCCUUAUAUUGGCCGCUCAGGGGCUGGACUGUGAUGCAGGGUUCAAGCUAGAUGAGUUGGAAGAGAAUUGUGUGUCUUGUGAACCAGGAUAUGUGUCAGAAGCGGGAGCGGUGGAAUGUUUAAUGUGUCCGAUCCAGAGCCACAGUUCAGACAACCACACAGUUUGUCUGCCAUGUACUCACGGACACUACGCAGACACCACUGGUAAUGAAGAGUGUACCCCUUGUGCUGAAGGUUACUACACUGAUAAGAUAGGUUCGCUGGAAUGCGACCCUUGCCCUAUCGGUAAAUACCAGAACCGGGCUGGGUUCGAUUACUGUAUUCCUUGUCCAAAGGGAAAGUUCGCUGACCAGGCGGGGUCUCCUGAGUGCAAAGAGUGCCCAGUGAACACCUAUCUGGAUGAAGAGAGUCAGACAGAGUGCAAGCCUUGUCAGGCUGGUUCCUAUCAGGACCAGACCGGACAGACUUUCUGUAAAUUAUGUGAGGUAGGUAGUUACGGAGAUGUGGAAGGAGAAGGGUGUAAACCUUGUGAUUCUGGCUUCUUCACCAACUCUACAGGAGCCACAGAGUGCCAAGGUUGUGAUAAGGGUCACUACAACAGAGCUGAGGGGCAGACUUCUUGCCUACCUUGUCCUAUAGGACAGUUCCAGAACUUGGUAGGAAAGGACCGGUGUGAGCCCUGUCCUCCUAGAACCUACGGAGACACGGAAGGAGAGGAUUACUGCCACUUCUGUCCUGCAGGAACCUUCUCUCAAGGAUCUGGCAAUGUGGUGUGCACCCCAUGCGCAGCAGGUCAUUUCACAGAUAUUGAGGCGCAGGAAGAGUGCAAACCAUGUCCCCCAGGAUUCUACCAAGAUCUGACAGGGCAGACACUCUGCAGGCCAUGUCUAGCCGGAACCAGUGCAUCGGAGGAGGGCCAAGCAUCUUGUGAUGUGUGCCAGCCAGGCAGAUUCUCAGCUGUAGACAAGGCAGUCACCUGUGAACUUUGCUCAAGAGGGUAUUACCAGGCCGAGGAAGCUAGCACUAACUGUAAGAGUUGCGAGUGGGGUAAGACUACCAAAUCUGUGGGCAGCUCCCAGCCUUCGCAGUGCUACUGGGAACAAUGUCCUCCUGGCUUCAAACACGUCGGAGGAGACAAAAUGUGCGAGAAGUGUGAGCCGGGUUCCUUCAGUGACAUCAUCAACAGUCCCAAGUGCAGCAAGUGUGCUUUAGGAAAAUACACCGAGUUCGAGCGAGCUAGUUUCUGUGACGAUUGUCCCGCCACUCACUUCACCUACACCACUGGUUCAGACAGUAAAAGUGACUGCCAGGGACCUGUCCUGGCUGGAUACACCAUGAAGAACUUUGGUGGUCGUAAGAUCGAGGUGUACGAUUCCAUGGAUAAGCUUAAUGAGGUUAUCUACUCAGUGAGAGCGUUCAGAGGAGAAUGGACAAUCUACAGUUCGGAGAACGGUAAAGGGUACAGCAAGUUCAUCUCGGAGGGCGGAGAAUACUCCGAUCUGCAGAUGGUCCUGAACUUCAAUGGAGCACUCAGUGUUAAGACUAAGGUUAAUGACGAGUUCUGUUACACGGAGAAGGGAGACAAGUACGCGGGAACGAGGGAUUACACGUUGAGCGGAGAGUCCUGUCAGCUGUGGAACGCAACUCAUCCCCACGAGCACAUGGAUGGACUGAACAUGAAGCACAACCAUUGCAGAAAUCCAGGGGCUAACAAGGAAAGGCCGUGGUGCUACACUAACGACCCGGACACACGAUGGGAAUACUGUGACGUGCCAGCAUGCAUCUGGAACAGGGACUGUGUGGAUGGGGACGGCUCUCUUUACCGUGGUGACGUCACAACCACUCUCGGAAGAAAGAACUGCCAGAAUUGGGACAGUGACUUCCCCCACCCUCACGGCUACCAUACCAGCGGCUACUCCAGCCAGGGCAUCGGGCCCCACAACAAGUGCAGGAACCCCAGCGGAGAGUCUACAGCUUGGUGCUACACCACCAGCCUGUUCACGAGGUGGCAACGUUGUGCUAUUCCCACGUGUUCUACGGAUAUCUACUCUUAUUACGACCAAAGCUAGUCCUUCUUUCUUUCUUUGGAACUGUCAUUCUUGUUAAAUUCUUAGCCAAGUAUUUUGAA